AUGCCAAGUAGACCCGCGAUGAAAGGUUUCCCGGACAUGCACGCCUAUUUACGCAAGGGAUAUUUCCACGAGCUGCGUUUGCUUGUGUCCAGCGGGGCCGACGUGAACGUCCGCGAUCAACAACAGCGGACACCGCUAAUAGUGUGUAGUUUAUUAGAAGAGGAGGAUUGGGCAGUCGGUAUUGCGAGGAUGUUGUUAGAAAAUGGUGGUAUGAUCGGAUACAGUGAUCGACAGGGUCUCAACGCUUUGGGCUAUGCUUGUAUGUACCAAAGGGAGAAACUUGUUCGUGUUUACUUGAACGCAAUCGACUUCGACUUGAAUGCGACGGAUAAGCUGGGAAAUACGGCGUUAAUGUACGCCGCUGCUACGGGCAAUGUUCGCAUAGCAAGCCUAUUAGUACAGACUUUAAAACGUUAUAAGCAGACUGUUGAUAAACCAAAUAAAGAUGGAAUGACUCCAUUGUUGGAGGCUUGCCGGCGUAAUCACGUCGACUGUGCCGACGUUUUAAUACACGACGGCCAAGCAAAUGAGAAACAUCGAGAUAAAAUCGAAAAGCGGAACGCGAAAGAAUGGACACGGGAAUAUGCACUGUCGAGAUAUAAUUUAGCAUCCUUGAUAACGGACGGGCAAUCAAGUCGUUCGUCGGGUUUACCCCACCUAAACCUCGACGGGCUUAGGACACCGAGGUCAGCCAGAUUGCCAUCCCAGGAAAGCAGCCGCAGUUCAAGUAAUAAUAGUUCUGCAUCAGCGAGCAUUACGUUUAUUGAAGCUAAACAACGUCCGCAAUCCGGCUUGGAAUUGUCACGUCCAUCUUCCCAUUGUUACAGCAGACCAGUUAUACAGUGUUAUUCGGCAAGUAUACGCGAACGCAUAACAGCCAAGUUUUCCCCAGACACCGCGUACUAUGUACAUUAUAACGAGGAAGGCGAAAUUACUGGAUGUCGUAUGCGUGGAUCGCCACAGCGCCGUCAACGAAAAAACAGAAACCGUGACCCCUGCAAAGAUCAGAAACCAUGUAAACAGGAAUUACGUAAAUUGUUUCAAAGAUACGAGGUGGAUGUGUCAAACUCGUAUCGUAAAAGAGCUCGCCCUAAAACACCACCACAGGAAGAAAUACCGCCCUCUUUGCCAUCGACCGUAAGAGGGUAUCACCGCGACCAUAAGUUGUCGACCGUUAGCGAAGAAACCGAAAACCAAGUUACGACAUCUCGGCUGGGGAGACGCCCAUCACUCGUCAACGUCGCCGUACGCGCAUUCGCCAGGAAAGCUUCAAAAGAAGAUGUUCGCAAAUCUCAGAACGAGAAAUUGGCGAAACGGAAUUCCAUAGCGGUAGAAGAGGGAAGCCCGCCACCAUUUCCGAGAACGGAAGGAGCGGCAAAAAUGGUGGUGGGCGCUUUCCGUCGACGGAGAUCGUCCCGAUCAUGUUCAAAAUCAUCGGCGGAGAAUAACGAAAAAAGAAAGCCGGCAUUUCCGGGACAGCGGGAUAGUAUAGGAACGAAGAAAAACGAGAAGCGAAAUUUGAACGCCCUUGGAAUCAACGCGGACGAGAUGGCUCGUUUACGUAGCAUGCACGUGGCUGCUAAAUCACGUGUCUACAACAGUGUGGGAUCGGACUCUGAUAUGUCCUCUCCACCGUCACGAAAAAACAGUGACUGCCCCAUUGUCUUGACUGACGAUAUAACUAUGUUACAGUGA